AUGGCUCGCAGUCGAAACUACAACCAGCCGGGGCAUUACCGGGGAGUAAGGAAGCGCGGGGAAUUUCGUUACGUUGCAGAGAUUAAAGACAGCAAGGGUGGGGUUCGCAGGUGGCUGGGCACCUUUUCUUCUGCUGAGGAGGCCGCUCGUGCCUUUGAUGACGCUGCUUUUGAGAUCCAAGGAUCCAAGGCAAAGCUUAACUUCCCAAGGAGGCAUAUUCAGAAAAGGGGAGGGGUAGUAGGCUCUGACUCUGUAGCGCUAUUAGGAGGAGCAGCGGCUAGUAUGGAAGCAGCAGGAAGGGAUGCAGGGGUGGAUGGUGGAGCGGCAGGGGUGGAUGGUGGAGCGGCAGGGGUGGAUGGUGGAGCAGCAGGGGGGGAUGGUGGAGGAAUGGGCAUGGGAGAGCUGCCACAUGGGGCUGUAAGGCAGGUUAGGGAGGGCAGUAGUACUAGGAGCGGGGAAGGGAAAGGGAAGGAGGUAGGAUAUAGUGACGAUUCCGCGGAGGGGGCAUUGAUGGGAGAGGCUGUGGGUCAGACAAUACGGCCGGCAGAGGGAAAGAUCAAAAAAGAAGCAGUGAAAUUUGCUGUGGCUCAAAGGCCGUUUGGGGAGGGAACAAGUAGGGUGGUAGCAGUGAACCUCGCGGUGCCGCAAAGGGCUGGAGGGUUGGGAUUGGAGGAGGUGGGAUUAGAGGGGUUGACGGAAAGUGAGAGUGAGCUGUUCUCUGAACUAGCAGCACAGUUUGCUCAGCAGCUGGGGGGGAUGGAAGAACCCGAUGGGGGUGGGGCGAGUGGGGUUGGUGGUAUGGCGAAAGGCAAGGAGGCAGUGGAAGAAUGGGAGGCGUCUCCAGGGGAAGAAAGCAGUGGAAGCAGUGACACUAGUGAUGGGGAAGGGGCGAUGGAGGAGGAGGAGGGUGCGAUGGAGACGAAGACGGGAAUGGGCGAGCAUUUGGCUGGCCUUUUUUCCCAUGACAACGGGGUGAAAAUGUUGGUGGGAACGGGGGCCGUGCCGAUAGAUAUGGCAUCUGAUCAGCACUACUACCAACUGCCUGGCACCAAGGAUGCGGUUCACGAAAGCAGCCGUUCGUCUACUUUUGAGGCGCCUCAAAAGUUGGCAUCUGAUCAUCACUACCAGCUGCCUUACACCAAGGAUGCAGAGAGAAUUGCGUUACAUGAAAGGAGUCUCCCGAAUCAAGGAUUGCCAAAGCAGAGAGGCGUAGGGAUGGAGAGGCAGCAGGGAGGCUGCACUUUCUCUGAGGGUGAGAACAGUGCUGGUAUUGACAUGAUGGCAUUGCAGCCAAGCCAACAGGCCAUGCCAGUCCAAGGAGCUAUGUCUGCAGCAUUGGAUCCAUACUCCCGCUUGCAUCAGCCAGGUCAACAGGGUCAAUGGGGUCAACAGAGCCAGCAGGGACAACAGGCAGAACGGGGUCAACAGGGUCAACAGGGCCGCGGGGCAGGUGUGGUGGUAGGUGCAGCAGCAGGGGGACCUUCUGGUAGUACAGUUGGGCUCCCAGCACUGGCAGCCGGGCAGCAGGCUUUGGCAGGAGCGCAGCACGCACUGAUAGGGGGACAGGCAGGGCAGCAUGCGUUGUCUGGGCAGCCAAGAGCAGGGAAACAUGCAGUGAUAGGGGAACGGGCGUUGGAAGCAGGGCAACGUGUGUUGGCUUGGGGGCAGACAGCAGGAAUGACAGUCCCGGAACACUUCGUUGGACGGGCAACAAGCGAACCAGAAGCAGUUUCAUGGGGUUUCAGUGUGGAAGUGGCAGGGGGUAUGAUGACGCAUACCGAGGAUGGUAGUUUGGAAGAAGCAGAGGAGGCGGUGGCGGUAUGGAACAUGGCAGUCUCCCACUCGCGCCGUAUCCUUCUCCCUCCUUCCUAUCCGCCCACCAAAUUUUGUGGUACGCCGGGCUCGCAUGGAUACAGCAACGCAGAGAAGAGUGGUAUUGAAGCCUUGGCGCAUGAUGCCUCUGAGAAAAUCACUGGCUCCGAGACACGUGGCGCUGGGAGCAUUGGAGCAGAUGUUGUGAUGGAGGAAACUGAAACAGACGGCCUCAGGCCUGCGUAUGAUGCUGGUGCUGCUGCGCAGCCUAGCGCUGACCAUCUGCGUGCCGCUCAGCCUUGCUAUGAGCAGCUGGACUUCCAGCAGCAUAUCAUGGCAGACUUGACCCUUCCUCUGCCUCUCCCCUCAACGGAUCCGUUUUUGCUCCUGAGAGGUGCUGAACACUCUGCUUUUUCUCCCUGGGGCCUCAUCUCACCAUCUCCGCGCAUCACGGGAGCAGCCUAUCAUAGCUUCGGGAACCAUGCCCCUGCUGCCCCGUCCAUGGCUGCUGAUGCAGGAGCACUAAGUCCUGGCCUGGAGGUUGGGAGGCAGGCCACUGAGGCAGGGGGGUUGUAUUCAGGGGAUGGGGAGUUGGAGCAUGAGGGGGCAAUCACCCCAGGUGCUGGAUCCUACACUAUUGAUGCGCUAGAGAGGUUCUUGAUGGAUAAUGGGGAGCAUAGGGAAUAA